GUUCGGCGGCCGUGAGUUGGAGGCGGGGCCGUGGGUGUUUCAAGAUGGCAGCUCCCGCAGCGGCCAGGCGGGUACGGAGGUUUUGGGGAUCUCGCGGCGGCCCCUCCCCGCUCCGGGCCUUCGCCACCAUCAUCCCAAGGGUUUCCCAGGUGGACAACUCCUCCAACUUUCUGGGCAAUGUCCCCCACCGCCGGCACCCAGGGGUGCUGCAUCUCAGGAGUGUCCGACUCCCGGCUGAACUGGUGAAGGCUGCCCAGCUGCUGGUGGAGCAGUCCACCGUACAUGGGUUGAAGGACCAGGUGGUGGCCCUGACCAACUACCUCUGGAGUCGGAAGCGUCCCCUGGAGGCCAACGAGCUGCAGAGGAGAAGGCAGCAGCUGGAGCAGCAGCUGAGGGAAAAAGUCCAGUCCUGCACAGCAGACUCAUCCAGCCCCCUGACUGACGCUGAGGAGGAGAAGCUGCAGAGGAGGGUGCUAAACAGGCUUCGAAAAACCACCUAUCACUGGGAGGCACUGAGGUAUACAGACGAGCUGAGUCUUGUGUACAUGGCAGCUCGACUGGAUGGGGGGUUUGCGGCUGUGUCCAGAGCCUUCCAUGAGAUCCAGAAGCGAGUUCCGGACUUUGCCCCUCGCACCCUUCUGGAUUUCGGCUCUGGUACGGGCUCCGUCAGCUGGGCAGCGCAUGGUGCCUGGGGCCAGACCCUGCGUGAGUACCUGUGUGUCGACAGCUCCGCCCCCAUGCUGGCCCUCGCAGAGCGGCUGCUACAAGGUGGCUCUGAGUCCCCGCAGGCCCCACUCUUUCCAGGCGUCUAUUUCCGGCAGUUCCUCCCCGUCUCGCCCAAGGUGAAGUUUGACCUUGUGGUCUCAGCCUUCUCCCUGAACGAGCUGCCCAGCCUGGCCGAGCGCAGGGAAACCAUACGGACGCUGUGGAGGAAAACGGACAGCUUCCUGGUGCUGGUGGAGAACGGGACCAAAGAGGGUCACCAGAUGCUCAUGGAGGCACGAGAGAUCGUUCUGGGGGGGGGAGACAAGGUGGUGCAUGAUCCACGGGAGGCUCACGUCUUCGCCCCAUGCCCGCACCACCUGCCCUGCCCACGGCUGAACCCCGAGCGGCCCUUGCCCUGCAAUUACCUCCAGGCCUACCAACCCCUCCCCUUCCGCUGGGUGAGUGCCCCUCCCACCGGGCAGCAGGGGCAUAUGGGGAGCUGUGCCCCGCUCUCACUGGGCAGCAGGGCGUAUGGGGAGCUGUGCCCCUCCCACCAGGCAGCGGGGCGUAUGGGGAGCUGUGCCCCCCCGCCAGUGGGCAGUGGGGCGUUUGGGGAACUGUGCCCCUCCCAACGGACAGCAGAGCGGAAGAGCACCCCCUACUGA